AUGUUCCGAUUUAUACAUCAAACUCAUCCACGUUAUCGUUCACAAAAUUCUUUUACCAGUACGGUCAUAACUUCAGAGGAAAUUGGAAAAGUUAAACGUCGCCUUGCCAUCAUAGCACAAAAAGUUUAUUACCCCUCAGAAUAUAAGACCCUUAUCGAUAAACGCCCUGUGUCCUCUAGUAGCUCCCUUCUGUCGCUUAACCCAGUGUUGGAUGAAUUCGGUGUCAUGAGAUUGAAUGGUCGUUUGGUCAAAUCUGACACUUUAACUCUUGCCGAAAAAUACCCCAUAAUUUUGCCGUAUUCGUGUCGUUUCACUCGUCUCCUUGUUGAAUAUGUACAUGCAAAGUCCGUUCAUGGCGGAAACCAACUAAUGUUGCGUCUUAUUCGUAUGGAGUAUUGGAUACCUCGGGUGAAAGUUCUGAUCCGCACCGCAAUUAGCCGCUGUAAAGUCUGUUUAUUAGAGAUGCAUCGACCAUGUAAUCAAAUAAUGGGUGCUCUCCCCCCCGAAAGAACUUCGGUUACUAGAGCUUUCACGAACACGGGAGUCGACUUUGCAGGUCCUUUUGACAUUAAGUCAUUCACUGGUCGAGCCUGUCGUAUAACGAAAGGGUAUGUCUGCGUGUUCGUCUGCUUCGCUACCAAAGCUGUUCAUCUAGAAGCAGCAUCCGAUUUGUCCUCCGCCACGUUUCUUGCCACAUUUUAUCGUUUUAUAGGUCGUCGUGGCUGUCCAAAAACAAUAUUUUCAGACAAUGGUACCAACUUUGUCGGUGCCUCUCGAGAACUUGAAAAUGAGUUUAGGAAAUUUAUUCAUGAAAGUCGUGAUAAAGUUUGCUCCACCUUAGGAUUUCAGGAACUUACUUGGCAGUUUAUACCAGCUGGUGCUCCCCACAUGGGUGGUUUAUGGGAGGCAGCUGUAAAAAGCUUUAAGAAACAUUUUUAUCGACAUGCCAAGCCCUUAUCUUACACCUUUGAAGAAUUCUCUACCAUUUUGACUCGAAUAGAGGCUUGUCUGAAUUCUAGACCCUUGUGCCCGAUGACAGAUGAUACAAAUGAUUUAGUUGCACUUACUCCUGGACACUUUCUUAUAGGUGCUCCCCUCCUUUCUCCACCCGAACCCCUUAUAGAAGAAUUACCAUUGAGCUUGAUUAAUCGAUAUCGAAAGUUGAAAGCCUUAACACAUCAAUUUUGUCUUCGGUGGAAAGAAGAAUAUUUAGUCAGUCUCCAUAAGCGAUAUAAGUGGAAAUACCCCCAGAGAAAUUUUGAAAUAGAUGAUUUAGUUGUGAUUCGCCACGAAAAUCUGCCACCUACUUCAUGGAAGUUAGGGCGUGUUGUCCAGACUUAUCCAGGUAUUGACGGGAAAGUUCGAGUUGUUGACGUCAAAACUGCUCAGGGAACAGUUAGGCGACCAGUCGUUAAAUUAGUCGUCUUGCAUAACUAA